GAAAAUAUUUUACUAAUACUAAAAUAAACUUACAACAAUCGAAUGUCUUUGUAAAUAUUUUAUUGCUUUUAUACUUUUUUCGAUAAUUUCAUCAUGAUAUUUGAAACAAUUAUUUUUUUACAUAAUUUUAUAGAUUUUUUUUUAAAUUCAAUUCAUAAAUAAUGUAGAAAACAGACAGUGAUGAUUUCACAAUAACAGUAAAUAGUAUUUAAUUUAAUGAUACGAUAUAAUAAUACUUCGUGAUCAGCGAUGUCUGUUUAGUUGUUAUAACAUCAGGUUCAAUUGUGGUAUUAUUAAAAAAAUAAAUUGGUCCCACAGUUCACUCUAAAAUAAUUGAAUUCCACGAUGCAUAUAAUUAGGUACUUACACAAAAAUGUGACUUGGGGUGUUAUUUACAAAUGAUACUAUACAAAACUAAUCAGUACGUAGAUAUCCCUACGUACAUUAAAAGGUGAAGAAACAUUUUUACACAUAAUAUACAGACUACUUAAUUAUCUAAAAUACAUAUCGACAAUGAGCAAUGGAUAUGCUGCAUCGAGCCUUACAUUAAGUAAUUAAUUGUUUGUACCGAAUAACAUUAAAAAUAUUCGUUCUGAUACCUAAACUAAAUCGUUUUCAUAAAUAAUAACAAUACUGAUGACCACUAUAAGAAAUAAAACCUAUAGGAAUAAUGUAGACAAAGUUCUUAUAAGUUAAAUGUGUUUUUACAGCGGUAAUAUUUCAUUGUAAGUUGUUAUAGUAAAACUUCACUAAAGAGGUUUCAUAACAGCAAAUAAUUAAGUAUACACCUUUAUCACAUGAACGUUAUACAACUACUAUAUCUUAAACUAAACCCUCUCUAAGUACCUAAAUUUUGUAACAAACUAUAUCUUUCAAAAUGGUGUAAAUUGCUUUAGAAAUUAUUUACUGGUCCUUUAUAUUUACGAAAUUACGAUAGAUGUGUACAUAGAUAUUUAUAAAAUAUCAACUUUUUGUAUUUAUACCUCGACUUCACUGAGUUAAAAUAUAUGUGUAAUUUGCAAAUUUAAUAGAAAUGUGACAAAUAUAACUUUACUUCUGUGUAACUGUAAAGCAUAUCUAGGUAAUUUUUACAUUCGUGGGUUCUCUGUACUAAUUUCGUAAAUGAGGAUGAAACCGGACUACACGGAUGUACACAUGUAGUUUGUGUUACUCUAAUGCCCAGACAGGCAUUUGAAUAUCUUUCGAACAAAAUGACUCAGGCCGUUGUUGCGCGCAUCCAUUACAGAACGCCUUCGUGUGAGCGUCGUCUUACUAAAUCCCUGUAUCAAUAAAUUAUACGAGACCAUUAAGCAGCUCAUAGUAAAAGUGGGGUCGAACAAGGUCGCAAAUGGAAUGGCAGCAGUGAUCGAAGUGUUGUAGAAGUUAUGGCAGUCAAGAGCUGUUGUGUCCGGGCUGAACGGUGAUGGGCGCCGGAGUGCUGCUGGCCACUGCAGGCCGGGCCUUCGGGCUGCUCGGCCGCGAGUGUUCCGCCUCUGCCUCCGCAUCGCGUUCCGCCACCUCUUCCUCGUCGAUGAUAGAGAUGUCGCGGAUAGACGGACGGUGGGAUCGUCGCCAACCUUCAAAAAAAAAUAUUCACACGUUAAAUACAUGAACAAAAGACAUACCUGUACAUUGUAGAACGCAAACAGGAAAAUUAGUGCCUAUAAAACUCGGCCGCGUACUUAGGUAUGUACAUAUACAUACAUAUACAGCUUGUCAAGAACAAGGUUUAGUCAUGAUCUCUUGUGUCUAUCGCGCAUACAUACGUUCAAUCGUCAGAUAAAUAAGGUCGAAGUUUAUCCGAAUACUAUUUUGUGAGUGUUAUAUUUGUGAUGUUAGUUUCCAGUAAUCAUUAAAAUGUUGAGAAUAGUGCACGGACCCUAUAAAGCAAUAAUACUGUUAGUAUUAUGCAGUGGUAUUUGUGGUUUGAAAAUUAAUAUAAAUGGAGUGAAUGACAUUAUUCAACGGGAUAACUUGGACAUAUUGUCGCCUCAACUUGCAGAGCCGUCAAUAGAAGACGAAAAUGAAUUGGAAGUUGCAGCAGAAAAUGAGAACGGCUUAUUUAUAACAACAGUCGAAGAUUUUCGCAAUCAAAAUGAAGGUUCAGUCGAGAAAACUCUAAAUGGUGCGGCGGAUGACGUAAUCAAACGGCAGAGACGGCAAGCAGCUCAUGGGUAUUCACCACUGUAUCCACAGCUACCCUCGGGACCCCCGUACAAUUAUCAACAGCAGCCUGGAUACAAUCCUUAUACUACACAACCAAAUCAACUACAACCUGGUUAUAAUCCUUAUGCCCCAAAUGCUAAUCAACACCCAAGUUAUAAUUCUUCGAGCGUAAAUCCUUACCAACGACCAUCACAAUGGAACCCGAACAGCUACAAUUCUUCGAGACCUGGUACUAGUUAUAAUCCUACACCUAGCCCUUAUAAUCCGUCAGGUCAAAAUCCGUACAAUCCUCAUUCUAAUUACCCAUUUUCCAAUACAUCAACUGCAGGAUAUCCUUACAAACCACCGUAUGGACAGCAUCCUUUCCAGAAUCAAACAUUCAAUUCUUCGCCUUACCCGGGUGGGUAUAGACCACCAAAUUCUACUUACUCCACUCCUAUACCUUCUUACAACAAUCGUCCAGGGCAAAACGUUUACAAUUCUUCAUACCCUGGUCAAUCGCCUUAUAACAAUAACUAUCCUUCAUACGGCAAUAUGCAUCCAGUUCAACCAUUCAAUGCGACUGGUCAACGCCCACCGUACUCGAGUCCCGGUCAGUAUCCUCCUUAUAAUAGUAACAAUUCUUCUCCCCUCCCCAUGCAGCCUAAUGGUUCUCCCUACGGACAAUCUCCCUACAAUAAUAGCAAUUAUAACCCUUAUAACCCUAGUGCUCCUAAUUAUCCUCAGAAUCAAGGUCAAAAUAAUUUCUUCUAUCCUCAAAAUAAUACAGCGUAUGAUCCCCGUAGAGUGCCGCCGCAAAACUUCUCUUAUCACUAAACGCGUAUUAUUUUGUAAACAUUUUUAACAUUUGUCUUUGUUCUACCUAAUUAUAAGAGUUUUUAAUCUUUGCUCGUUAGUUAAUCGUGUUAUUUUGAGUUGUAUAUGUAAACACAACUGUAAAAAUGUAUAGUACCUAAUAAUAACUAUAAAAUGUAUAAUACAUUAAAUGAUUUGUAUAAUAAAACAUUGUCGUUAUUUCAAUUUGCAAUUAUCGUGUAGUAAAUGGUAUUGAAGACAUUGAAUAGGCUUUAUAAGUUGUGGCAUCCUUGUUUGUCCACAUUUUUGUUAGCGACUCAUCUUUGUAAUUAUGGUCACACUGAGAACUAAGCAAGGUUAUAUGUAUGUAGGUGUUAAACAAAGUAAAGUGUAUAAUAUAUCUUACCUUCCAAGACCGGUGGCUUAGUUGUUCUUGAGAGUAGUUUGGGCCCAGUUAGCGUGAUGACGAUGGCUCCGAUGGGUGCGGUGAUCACGAUGGACAUGAUGCAAACUGUAAUCACGGUCUCUGCGUACUCUAUCAUCACUGGGUCAGGCUCUCCGCCGGCCAUUUUACGCACUUCAUCCAAAGCAACUGGUCCGAGAGCGGCC